GGAGCCGUACGGACGAGAGACCCACGCUGCCUAAGUGCGGACUCACGGCGAGAUUAUAACCCCGAGACUUCCCUCCUGGAAUUCCGUCAAGUACUGCCGCAUACAAAGUUGCGCGAUAGCCUUGAAUUCACCACCAUCACUGCCUUGCACGAUCUGGAUAAACGGUGCCCACGAUGCACGAACCUCAACCGGAUGCCAUACCCAAACCCCAAGCGGAUGCCAUGCCCGACCCCCAGCCCGAUGCCAAAGACUGCCGCUCCACACUCAUAAAGAAAAAACUUGACGACAAGAGAAAGGCUAUGUUGACGCAGGCAGGGCAUGUUAAGUCCGUGCCACGCUAUGAGCCCAUCUUCUUCCCAGAAGAUCUGAUCAAGGACGUUUUGAGCCGGAAAACGGUCAAAUGGCUUCUGGAAUGCGAUUGCAGUUGGUGCGAGAAGCACACUAAAUAUCUAUCGCCGCAAAUCCACGGGGAGAAGCGGACCGACUACCUCGGAUGCAUUAUGGCAGAUGCCCUGAAACUGUAUGCUCUGCUAGUUUUCAUUGAACACCCUGCUAUCAUUGGCGGCUUCGUGUCCAAGGGCAAAUACGAUAAUAUCCUGAACGAUAAACUUACCCCGGACAAUCUGAAAGAAACCCAUCUGACAGGAAUUGUGUCGGCAACUCGACAGAGAACCAGCGAGAUGGAGGAUCUUCUCGAUUCCUUUCUGAAAAAAAAGCAUUGGUUCUCUCCGCAGUUCUUCAAAGGCCCCUGGUUCGAGGAAUUGGAUUCGGAGAAGGUUCUGCCUUUCAUCAAUAUCACGUACAUCGGAGAAGGCGCCUUCGGCAAGGUCUAUUCUUUCCAGAUCUAUCCAGCCUACAAGGGACCAGAAUAUGGAGAUUCGACAAAGUUCGCGAUGAAGGAAGUGUACGCGCCUACAAAUACCUGUGGCGCGAAUUCUGCGACGGACAAUCCAGAAGUCGAUAAGGUGAAUUCCGAGGCGAAAAAUCUUUUGAAGAUUCGCAACGAGCUCGGUGACGAGGAACACAUCAUCAAGGUGCUGAAAAUAUUCCGUCACGGCGAAAAUAUAUGCUUCAUAUUCCCACUGGCAAUUGGAAACCUUGCAAAACUCAUGGAGGAGCCUUGGAUGCAUCUUUCUAUUCCUGGACAUCCGAUUUGCCAGCACUCCAUCUGGAAUGAAGUCCUUGGCAUGAUGAUGGCUCUCGGCAGGUUUCACAACCCACCAAAUAAAAACAGUUGGAGCGGUGUUCAUGCAGACAUUAAGCCUACGAAUAUCCUGGUAUUCGAGGACGGCAGAUUGGUUAUAACCGAUUUUGGCCAGUCUUCGAUCAUGCAAAAGAGAAGUUCUGGUGGGACCAGAAGGGUUAAUCAAACGCCUGGAGAGCAAACAUACCGCCCCCCUGAAAACUCCGGCGAUACAGACAUGGGGCUUGAAUAUGACUACUGGGCGAUCGGCUGCGUUCUCCUGGAGAUUCUUGUGUUUGUGGUCACAGGGACUCAAGGAAUUCGGGAGCUGCUCGAAGCAAGAGGGCGCAGAACUUACAGAACCGACUAUUACUAUCAAGUGGAGGAUGACAAGCGUUUUCUCCAUCCUGCGGUUGAAGAAAUAAUGACACGAUUGGAGGAGGGAAUGAAGGACCGGCGGUUGGAUAGUGGGUUUACGGAUGCCGUUGUGGGUAUUGUGAAAUCCAUGUUGAAGGUGGAUCCCAAAAAGCGCCUAGACGUGGUUACAGCGGCAAGAAGGUUAAAGUAUAACCUUAAAUAUUGGAGGCGCCGAGCAAGUGAAGUUAACCCAGUGAGCUCUUGUGGGGGUAGCUUUACUAUACUCAAUGUCUCAGAUGCUGCCUCCGAAACCGCCUCAAGCGAGGAAUCGACUACCACAACGGUCGACGCGGAAUCCGAGAUCAACACUAGUAGGAUUGACGACAACGAAAGUCCUUCGAUCUCUCAAUCCCCAGGUGACACUCUGGGUAGCAGCUCGCACCCUGAGCACCCUCCCUCAAACCGGGGAGGGGAAAUCGCAGCAGGUUCCUCCGACGGUACAUCUUCAAGUAGCAUCUCGCGAAGACUUCGUACCAUCCCUCAGCCUAUCCCAGCUUCAGCCGGCGAGCCCCGCCGGCAGACACCCGACCUCAUAUCGGUCGACACCCGAUCUUUGAGAGACAUUCCCGUGCAACAAUUGCCGCCAACAUUUGCCCGCACGCGUCCCGCAUCAAGCCCGCGGGCUCCUUCGCAGUCCUCGAGUUCGUCCAGCCUGCCUCACCCCAUCGCUGAACGGACAAGUGGUCAAUCGAUCAGUACAUCCAUAUCCAGUAGUGUGGAGAAGCCCAGGCCGUCUAUCGAUGGACCGAAGCUUUAUGAAAGCGAUGGUGAGAUCAACUGGCAUCGAGACGAGUCCGAUUUGGAUGGGAACCCAAGGGAAAGUUACCGACACAAGGUGUGCGUUAUGGCUGGAAUGGCCCAUGGAGGACAGCCGAAGAUAAAAAUGCUCGAUAGUGGAGGUGCCAUGUAUCGAGACUUCUUGCUGGGAUCGAACCCUGUCAUUUUCCCGAUAUACGCCUUUAAACGGCCCCAGGAUGGGGAAAACAGGGAAUACCUACUAAAAGUCAACCAUGUAUCUUUUGAGUUUCCAGUUGAAAAGGCUGUCUAUCAUCUCCAGCAGGUCUUGACGGAGCAGAAGAUCCAUGUCAGGUUAGUCAUGUGGCAUGGGCCACGUCGGUGGCGAACACACAGUGCUGACCAUAAAACGUGAAAGCUUACGAGCCACUGUUACGCUCAAAAAGAAAGUAAAACUUUUCCGCUACUCCCCAUAUCCGUUGGAACAAUGCCUUGUGCAACUAUGGACCGAAGUCGGG